GGGAGUGGUACUCAUGACGCUACUAAAUAACCAUCCUGGCCAAUGAAUCAGUGUGCACUCACAUUACAUUUCCUUGCACAACUGAAGCUGCGUGCACGUCUUCAAGGUUCUGCAGAAUAUGGCUAACAAGAAUAAAGAUACAGAUUUUGCCUCUGAAGUAGAAAGAUUGAUAUCUAAAGAAAGCGACGGGAGGAUGCAAGUUGUGGAAACACUGAAUGAUCUUGCAAAUGAAGUUGACAAAGAGGUUCGCAAAGCUCGAAUUGCGAAAACCACGUUUGCAUCAACUGGUAUACUUGGUUCUGGGUUAGCCAUUGGUGGCAUCAUUGCAGCUCCAUUCACUUUUGGUGCUUCUCUGGGUCUGACUAUAGCAGGCGUCGCGUUGGGAGUGUCAAGCGGUGUGGGGGGACUGGUCACGACAAUAAUAGACAGGCUGCUGAACAGCAAGAAGACCAAAGCAGCCUAUGCAGCAGCCAACAAAUACCUAAAUAUAGUGGACUGCAUUGUACAAAUUAUGGAGGAAAUACGAAAUGAAUGGAAUGCACAAAUUGAGCAGGAUUUCAAGGAUAAAAUACGUAAUGUUUCUGAUCCUGAAACAACCAAGACCCUAGAAGUAUUUCUUCUAAGUAUGAAAGCUACGUCGGAAUUCGGGGCUGCUGGUGCCAAAAUUGCCUCCACUUCUGUUGCAUUAGCUUCACGAACAAUGGUGGCCAGUGUCAGCAGAACAGUUGCAAAUGUUCUGAAGACAGGCACAAUGGGUUUGGCCAUCGGAGGAGCAGCACUUGCAGCCAUCACCAUACCUGUUGAUGUAUACACCAUCUACAAGAACAGCAGGGCCAUACACGUCAACGAAGAAUCGGCUGCUGCAAAAAAGAUCAGGGAAUUAGCAACUGAUAUAUCGAAAGAGCGCCCUUUUGCACUUUCAGAUGAUGCCUUAAUUAUGUUGAACCAACAAGAAGCUAUGCAGGGUACAUCAUUAACACCAAAUGAAAAGACAAGACUACUACAGCUGCAGAAGGAGCAGGAACAGAAAAUACGCAAUGAAAAGGAGAGAAAUUGUCGCCAAAAUGAAGUUUUCCUCCAAACGCUUGACAUGAUGCCCAAAGACCUGACCCAUUUGGCUGAUAUGUCUAUGCAGACGACUGCACAUACAACACUGAUCAAGCUCUUGAUUUGUCUUCUGGAACUACUGGCAGUGGGAUUCAUCAUCUGUAAAAUAGUAACAACUGUUGCUCAUGGUCACAUCUCUGCUGCAAUGGAGAAGAUGUCUCAUAUCGUGAUAGUCAUUGGUGGAGUGAUGGGCUUAGUUGCUGAGUUGUUCAGUGAAAUAUAUUAUUAUAACAAAUGGAAGGAAGCAGUGGCAGUGGUAGAAAAGUAUGUGCUUGCAGUAAGAACAUCUCUCGGAGUAGCUGAGGGUGGACAUAUUGAUGCCAAUAAGGUUCGAAUGAGAAAAACCUGGACAAGGCAUUCAGAUGACAUCAGCCAACGUAAGAUCACCAUACUUCGCACGGUAAAAACGCUCAUCGAUAUAAUUGCUGCCAUAAGUCUUGGAACAACAGAGUGGAAGGUAAUAGGGCAACGCCAUCUUGUAGAAGAAAGGGGUGCAGGCUUUCCUCUUGGUCUGGGAGGUCCAAUCUCCACUGCUGUUGCUUUGCUUGUGGACCAACCUGAUGCUGAACGUGUGAUGGAAUCCUUCAUGGAGAUAGCUGUUGGUGGAUCUUUGUGUCUGGUGCUUACUUCCACAAUAACAUUCUACAUACUAGUGACACACUGGAGUCACAAAAGGUCCUGCGUGUUGUCCGAUCAGAUUCAAUGUCUGUCAGGGAAAGCCGACACUGAGCUAAGAAGAUUCAUUAUUCCAGUAAAUAAGAGUGAGUGAGUAAUUUUGGUUUAACGUCGCUUUUAACAGUAUUCCAGUUACAUCUCGGCGUGUCAACUGAAUGUGGUAGGAAAGCCCCGAAGUGAUGCAGGUCUCAGACGU